AUGUCGCAACCUAAAGUGAUUAUUGUAUCAUCGGAUGAUGAAAAAUUCCCCGUAGAAUUGAAAGUGGCAGAGAAAUCUAUUUUGAUUAAGAACAUGGUGAACGAUUUAAACCCUGACGGAUUGGAAGAAGAUUUUGAAUUGCCAACUCCCAACGUAAAAUCUACUGUUUUAGCCAAAGUUUUGGAGUGGUGUGAGCAUCACAAGGAUUCUAUAUUUCCAGAUGAUGAUGAAGAAGAUGCCAAGAAGAGUGCUCCAGUUGACGAGUGGGAUAAGAAUUUCUUACAGGUAGACCAAGAGAUGCUUUACGAGAUUAUCUUAGCUGCGAACUACUUAAACAUUAGACCAUUGCUUGACAGUGGGUGUAAGAUUGUCGCGGAAAUGAUCAGGGGGAAAAGUCCAGAAGAAUUGAGAAGGACAUUCAAUAUUGUGAAUGACUUCAGUCCUGAGGAAGAAGCUGCUAUCAGGAGAGAGAACGAAUGGGCAGAAGACCGUUAA